GUCGCGCCCUUUUUUUCAUCCACGAGUCCUCACCUCUUCUACGAUGAAAUACAUUCUCGUUUCUGGUGGUGUAAUCAGUGGUAUUGGGAAAGGCGUUAUCGCCUCCUCCACUGGUCUCCUCCUCAAAACCACCGGCCUAAAAGUCACUGCGAUCAAAAUAGAUCCUUACAUGAACAUCGAUGCCGGAACCAUGCGACCUACUGAGCAUGGAGAGGUAUAUGUGUUGAACGAUGGCGGCGAGGUCGAUCUUGAUCUCGGAAACUAUGAGCGGUAUCUCAACGUCACGCUCUCCCGGGAUAACAACAUCACUACGGGAAAGAUCUAUAAGGAGGUCAUUGAGAAGGAACGGAAAGGAGAAUAUCUGGGGAAAACAGUCCAGAUUGUCCCACACGUUACCAAUGGAAUUCAAGACUGGAUCGAGCGUGUUGCUAAAAUUCCUGUCGACGACACAGGCGAGGAACCUGAUGUUUGUAUAGUUGAGCUCGGAGGCACCGUCGGAGAUAUCGAGUCUGCUCCGUUCGUCGAAGCCAUGCGACAAUUUCAGUUCCGCGUCGGCCAUGAAAACUUCGCUCUAGUCCACGUCUCGCUUGUUCCAGAUAUGCACGGCGAGCAGAAAACCAAGCCGACUCAAACUACGAUCCACUCGCUGCGAGGGCUUGGUCUUCUCCCCGACCUGAUCGCCUGUCGUUUACUCGGCCCCGAUCCUCUGCAGCCAGCAACAAAAGAAAAAAUCUCGAUGUUCUGUCACGUCGCACCAGAACAAGUGCUGGGGGUCCACGACGUGUCUUCUGUUUACCACGUCCCCCUCCUCCUGCAAUCACAAGGGAUCAUCAAUUAUCUACGCAAGAGACUGAACCUGGAUUCGCUGAAACUGCCGAAGGAGAUGACGUUGAAGGGAGAGACCCUCCAGAAACGCUGGAAGGAUUUGACAACUGGGCAAGAGCGAUUGUUCGACACUGUUACCAUUGCUCUGGUCGGCAAAUACACUGACCUGAAAGACUCGUACAUGUCUGUCACGAAAGCGUUGGAGCACUCGGCUUUUCGAGUUCACCGUAAACUUGUUAUCAACUGGGUUGAAUCGUCUGAUCUCGAGCUUGGUGUCCAGGGCACAAACCCUGCCCAGUAUCACGAUGCCUGGCGUGCAGUGGUCGGUGCAAAUGGAAUUCUCGUUCCCGGUGGAUUCGGUGAACGUGGCACAGAAGGCAUGCUGUUGGCGAUCACUCAUGCCCGAGAGUACAAGAUCCCGUACCUCGGCAUAUGUCUUGGCUUCCAGCUUGCUGUCGUUGAGUGGGCCCGUAAUGUUUUAGGCGUCAAAGAUGCGACUUCCACUGAAUUCGUCGCCGAGCCGCCCUCCCCGUUCAUCAUCUUUAUGCCAGAGAUCUCCAAGACGCAUAUGGGCGGAACGAUGCGUCUCGGACUACGGCCUACCGUGUUCCAAGACGGCUCGGAGACUUGGUCCAGCGUCCGAAAGUUGUAUGGAGGCGCACCGGAAAUCUGGGAGCGUCACCGGCAUCGAUAUGAAGUUAAUCCGGACCUGGUCGAGAGAUUGCAGGAAAGCGGGAUGUCCUUCAUAGGCAAGGACGAGAAGGGCGAGCGAAUGCAAAUCCUCGAGCUCAAGGGCCAUCCGUUUUUCGUCGGCCUGCAAGCUCACCCGGAGUUCUGCACCCGACCGCUGAACCCAUCUCCCCCGUUCCUGGGCUUCGUCGCCGCCUCUUGCGGCGCGGCCGUUUUCGACGAGCAACUGGACAUCCAGAUGCGCACCUUCAAGCCCCCUCAUCCGGAAGGGUCGAUGGUCCCCGAAGCCGCGCUGCGCCAGGUCAGAGACGAGACAAAGCUGGCCAACAGCGCCGCGCAAGUUGAUGGCACGCAGUAGACUUGUAACUUAAUCUCUCUGCUUACAGCAUACUUAUUACGACACCGCUACCCCCACCCCCACAUCCCGCAUAAACCUCAUCUGUACUACUACCAUCCAUGAGAACAAUACUAAAUCCUGUAGCCUUAGGUAGUCCCACUCACUCACUCUAUGGAGAUGCUUUGAUGUCCUC